AAAAAUUUAGAUUAACAAAUUCUAAAAAAAUUUCUUGUUUACAAACUGUGGCAACAGCUAUUUAAUUCCCUAAGUGGCAACAGCCAGCGAGGGCGGGUCGGGCAGCAGGCGGUCAGUGUCUCGCUAGACGUCGUGGUGUGAGGGUGUCACUUACGCGCACCCUGCUCUCGCCUUCCCUGUACACGCUCUGAGAUCAAAAUAACACGAUUUGAUAGACACUACUUAUGAGUUGAUUAACUCGCUUUUUCGAAAUAAUAAUGACCAAAACAUGUGACCGUCUAAUAAGAUUUUUAUCAAUUGAAAAGGUGCUGAAAAUUGACAGAGCUUGCUAAUUAUCUACCUAAAUAAAUAAGAAAAAUACAACAAAAAUGGAUAUAACUUAAGGAUAUUUUACGUGAAAAAACUGGUAAAUAUAUUUAAAGAAAAUAACAAAUAGACCUAAAAAGAUAACAAUAUAUCCAACCAUUAAGACAAUGGCAAGAAAAGCCAAGAAACUGAGGAGAAGACACAGAAAUUGCGGUAAAGGGAUACAUUAACGUACUCAUAUCCCCCACCCCCCAACCCCAACCCCUUCAGGAGAGAGCGGACGCACCGCACGCGACCGCAGCUUGCGCCAGACUGACCCCACCCCCAUCGCGCCGUCACAGAAAACGGGAUCAUGAGGAAGAAAAUGGGCGGUGGGUUGGUUCUGGUCGUCCUGGCUGUGUGGUUACGCCCUUGUGGUGCCGACGGCUGGCGCCAUGAUGGAGUGUUUCCCUACAGUAAACACUCCAGGGCUGCCAACCCUCGGAGAGUCACGCCCGAGCAGCAGAACAACACCGUCGUACUCGCGCAGGUUGGCCGCACUGCCACCAUCAAGUGCUAUACCCAUUACCUCGGCGACGAGAUGGUGACCUGGAUGAAGAGGGACGAGGACCAGCUGCUGACGGCUGGGGGACAGGUGUACUCGUCGGAGGACAGGUAUGCCGUGACCCACGUCAGACACCAGAGGCUGUGGGAACUCUCGGUGAGGGACGUUCGCCAGAGUGACGCUGGCCUCUACGAGUGUCAACUCACUACUCACCCUCCAGCUUCACUCUUCUUCACUCUCAAGGUUGUUGAGGCGCGAGCGGUGAUUGGAGGCGGGCCAGAGGUUCACGUCCACACCGGGGGUCGACUCCGGCUCCACUGCACGGUGGAGCUUGCCACUGAGCCUCCGGAUUACAUCUUCUGGUUCCACAACAAUACUAUGAUCAACUACUCCCCUCGACGACCCUUGAGAGUCGUCAAGCACCACCUGGCUAGCUCCCUCGUCAUCUCCAACGUGACGUGGGAGGACGCCGGGUCGUAUACCUGCGAACCUCACCUCGCUCGACCUGCCAACCUCACUCUCCAUGUGGUGGAAGGUGAAAAACACGCUGCUCUUCACAAGGGUCACAACGAUGGGGCGGAGCAAGAGGUCGCCGCCUCUCGGAGCUCCUCCCACUGCCUCGCUACGCGGCUCCUUAUUGGCUACUGCUGUUUGUUGACAAAUUUAAUUCACGCCUACUUUGAAUAUCUAACCUCUAGCGGCUCCUCGUGGUUAUGAAGUGUGGGAAGCAUCACCUGUACUGUGUGUCUUAACUGAAAAGAAUCUUCGUUAGAUUUCGUAUGUGGUGGUAGUUGGCUAAUCAUGACAAGUUAACUAGUGUCUCAUUCGCGAAGCCUCGUACCCAGAAGCUGUCUGGCGCCAAGGCCGUUCGUUCCCAGCAUGAGAACGGUCCACGGUCCCACAAGGUCCCACAUGGUCCCUCAUGGUCCCACAUGGGACAUGGACGGGUCCCCACCUCAUUAAACCGGAGCAAUACAUCCCGAAGCUUGGCGACGGUGCGCUCUAUUCAACCUACAGCGUCGUAGAGGGGGAAAGAGAGGGAGGAAGAGACCUGUUGACUGCCCACACCCUGGUAAGGUGUAUACAGUACUCCGGACGCAUCUUCGUCUGACUUCAUAGCCAUCUGAGGUCCUCAGGAAGGGUUGAGGACAUCAUAAGUUGCUGUAAUUAAUGUGGUGUGCAAUAUUGCUCGGUAAAGCAUUGCGCUUAUCAAUGUAAUGUGCAAGUUGACAAAUUGCAAUAAAGUUCCAUUUCUUGGGCGCCUCUGAGGCUGUAUUUCCUUUCAAACAUUAAGACAAUAUACAAAUGCCUUCCACUUA